AUGGCUUCGAAGACUUACAACGUCGGCGUCAUUGGCUACGGCUUCAGCGCGAAGAUCUUCCACAUCCCCUUCGUGGAGCAGGUGCCUGAGCUCAAGCUGUAUGCUGUGGUGCAGCGUACUCCCAAGGCCGACGAUGAUGCCGAGAAGGAUCACCCGGGCGUCAAGGCCUAUCGCACAACCGAUGAACUUGUGCAAGAUGCGGCCGUGGACGUGGUGAUUGUGACGACAGCCCCCGACUCCCACUUUACUUUGGUGAAACAGGCACUGGAGUCUGGCAAGCAUGUGGUUUGCGAGAAGCCCUUCACCCCUACCUACAAGGAAGCUGAGGAGCUCGUGGCUCUCGCUGAGAAGCAGGGCAAGCUCCUCGCGGUCUACCAGAAUCGCCGCUGGGACGCCGACUUUGUCACUCUGUCAAAGCUCGUCAAGAACGGCUCUCUUGGCCGCAUCUCCGAAUUCGAGACCCACUUUGACCGUCAUCGGCCCGAAGAGCCCUCUGCGGACGCUCACAAGUGGAAGAACAAGGUCAUUCCAGGUGGCUCGGCCAUCUAUGACUUGGGCACUCACCUUCUCGACCAGGCCGUGCAUCUCCUGGGUCUUCCCCAGCGAGUAACUGGCUUCAUUGGCUCUGCGCGGGCGCAGAACACUUCUGGCUUUGAAGAUUCAUUCACAGUUCUGCUGCACUACGCCAAUGGCACGCUAGUGACCGCCAAGGCGACUGUAGUGAGCCCCGAGGAGGAGCAGCUGCGCUUCUGGGUCCGUGGUGAGAAGGGUAGCUUCAAGAAGUACUACCUUGACAUUCAAGAAGACCAGCUCAAGGCUGGCGUCAAGCCCACGGAUAAUGGGUACGGUCGUGAACCUAGCGAGCGCUACGGUACUCUCACCACCGUUGAGGGCGGUAAGCCUGUGAAAGAGGUUGUUCCCACGGUUGAGCCACCCACAUACACUGAGUACUACCGCAAGCUGGUGCGCGCUCUAAACGGAGAAGGUGAUCUUCCAGCCAGUGGCGCGGAGGCUGCUCAGGUCAUUCGCCUGAUCGAGUCGGCGCGGGAAAGUUCUGCCGCCGGCAAAACUGUGGAGGUUUAG